AUCAUUCUAUUUGUUCUACGCAAUCUUUAUCGUAUUCACUAUCUACAUACCGUCUCCAUAACUAUCAGCUACACCAACGAAUAGUUUCACGAUCGCUUACUCGUCGAUCUGAUCGAUACUUACUCUCAGUUUCCGAUGACCUUGUAUCCUACAAGCUAGUAAAUGCCAUUCGUUUGAGGAGUAGCGAAAUCGGCUAUCGUCACAGAAAGGAUGGGCUUAACGAGAACGACGUCGUCUCCCUAAUGCCGGAAUUAAUCACACGAGACGAAAGUGAAGGCGGAUUUGUCAACGACAACCGCAAUAAUGAAGAUCCCACGAGUUCACAGAAGGAGGUGGUAGAUGAUAGAUGUGGGAGAAGCUUGGAGAGAGAGAAGCAGUAUCGAGAUACCUCUAUAGUCAAGGCAGAAAAAUACCCAACGCCGCCGGCUGAUCCUUUUCCUACCCUCGAAAUUAUUUCCUCGACGCCCGUCACGCCAAAAUUUGACGGGAACGAGUCAGGCUUCGAUUCAAGUAACAUAAACGAGAAAUCUAUGAUCAACGGAAGUAAACAUAUACAUUCAUUAGAAGAGCACUCAGCACCUGGUAAUAGCUACAACGGGAGCGGGAACGGCCACGGCAAUGGACAUGUUAAGGGGCACUCUUACUCGUCCAUUACAACACCCAGUAUUUCAGACAAGGCUGUCCCUAACCGACCUGCCGAUUCCGUCACUAAGCCACGUACACAGUCGACUUCAAAAUCCGCUACGAAGAAGGCGAGCCAUGAGAGUGUUAGGAAGCUCUCUGCCUCUCAGAUGCAAGCGUUAACCUCAUCACCCGACUCACUACCUAUUGCCAUAGUUUCCCAGCGCAAGCCUAACGGCACCGAGUAUCCCAUGUCUGCCGGUGCUGCUGAGCUGGGAUCUCGUCCAUCAAUGGCCGAGCAGCUCCGAAACAUUGUUCACACGCCACUCAUAGAAAAAGAUGCGCCCGUGCCAGCUUAUAACGAUGGCCCUAGAACGGCUGCCGACUUUCGGCGACCUCCCGCAUCGCAACGAACACUUUCCACUCCUCCUAUCAACAGGAGAUCUUCCACUGGACCCCCUACGAACGAAUCGCAUUCUACGAGACGAAAUUCCUUCAACCCCCUUCCUCGACCACCUCCUCUAAACCUGUCCUUCGUUUCGCCCAAGCCUCCUGUGCCACCUCCUAAAACGGACCGAGCCGAUCCAUCGCCACCGUCUCCUAUACUUCCUACCGUACCUCUCCCGCCUAUGUCCCUUCCUACCCAUUUACAGCUCGAACUCGCCGGCCAGAGACCCAGUCCUCUCUAUAUUCACCAUUCUCAGUCCGCCGAUACCCCUUACGAGUCUAGUGCGGUCAAGUUUGAGAGGCUGCUUAAUGCUCUGCUCCUACCUCCAUACCUCGAGCGUAUCCUUACCUUCGGCACGCUAGCAUGUCUGGAUGCUUGGCUAUAUACCUUCACUAUUUUACCUAUGAGAUUUCUCAUUGCUCUCGGCGUACUUUUGAAGUGGUGGGCUUACGUGAUAUGGAAAGAAGCCAGGUGGGUCGUUGGCUAUGUGUGGCAAGGCACUUGGCGUCUGUGGCAAAGGGGAAAAAGAGGACGGGCUCCCUCGCGGCACCGGCCAGACAGCAGUCACGCGGUAAGCGAAUCGGAGAGAAGCGAGAGCCGGACUAGCGAGAAUCGAUCCACCACUCACCAGAAUGGGACUACGCGGCACCGGACCUCGUCUGAAGUCUCGAGCAUUUCGGGCGCCGAGACCUCUCGGUUGAAUGGUAAUGGUGUCUUCCACCCUCCAAAACAUCCUAUGCCUAGGCCUGGAGGAUAUCGUCACAGACGAACAAAGUCGAUGCCGUCUAAUCUAACAUCUUACCAUAAAGCCGAUCUGCUCCAGGGCUUCGUCCUCAUCUGUAGCGCCAUGGCUCUAAUGAACCUCGACGCUAGUCGGAUGUAUCAUGUUAUUCGUGCUCAGUCCUCGAUGAAGCUGUACGUCAUCUAUAACAUCCUCGAGGUUGGGGAUCGGCUCCUCUCGGCUGUUGGUCAAGACAUCCUAGAGUGUCUCUUCAGCUCCGAGACCCUCUCUAGGAACAGCUCUGGGCGAUCUAAGGUCCUCCUACCCUUUGGGAUGUUUAUCCUAUCACUGGUAUACAACGUCAUUCACACAAUGUGUCUAUUUUAUCAAGUUAUCACCCUAAAUGUUGCUGUGAACUCCUAUUCGAAUUCUCUCCUCACUCUCUUGAUAUCCAACCAAUUCGUGGAGAUCAAGGGAAGCGUGUUCAAGAGGAUCGAAAAAGAGAAUUUGUUUCAGCUGACUUGUUCGGAUGUCGUCGAACGAUUUCAGCUGUGGAUUAUUCUCUUAAUCAUCGGGAUGAGGAACGUUGUCGAAGUAGGUGGACUCUCCGUUGUAGGAGCCGGGAGUGAUCUGGACGGUGGCGCCGUAAAACCCGGGCCAGUCCAUACCAGCUCAAGCAUUCCCAACAGCUUCACUGUCCUGCCGUCCUGGAUUCUGUCGGGUGAAGUGCUUUCUCCCUUUCUCGUCGUCAUAGGUAUCGAGAUGAUGGUAGAUUGGAUCAAGCAUGCAUACAUCAACAAGUUCAACAAUGUAAAACCAAAACUUUACAACAGGAUGCUAGAUAUCUUAUGUAAGGAUUAUUACACAAAUGCAUUUUCGGCACCUUCGUUGACUCGACGGUUGGGGCUACCAGUUUUACCACUAUCCUGCCUUUUCAUCCGAGCAUCCGUUCAGGUCUACCACAUGUUCCUCGCCACCCAUCUUAGUCCCCCAAUACCAACCUCGACCACCGAGCUUUCGGUCGAAUCAUCGACCCCGUCUUCACCUGCUAUGAUUGCCGCAUUAGAGCACCUCGACACAUUACUCAGGAACGCUCUCGGUCGAGCAGUAUAUGGCUACCCAUACGAUUCUCCCCAUGUCCGGCCAUUCUGGACCUUUUCUUCCGAUGACGCAAUUGCAUUGCUGACGAUGGUGAUAUUCUUUUUCCUCGCAUGGGUUGUGCUUCUUAUCGUAAAGCUCCUCCUGGGAAUGGCUUUGCUCCAUUAUUCCAGGGAACGGUACGCCUCCAUGAAGUGUAGGGAGCAUGCGGCAGCCACUGGCAAAGCAGAACCUGAGAAUUUCUCGCAACCUGGUAAGCGCAUUGGAUCUUGGGGGGCGGUUGAGAUUGGAGAUGAUCGAAGAAAGUGUAUUUACGAGGACGAUAAGGAAGGGUUGAAGAAGAUGCGAGAUCGAGAGAGGAAGACAGAGGAAAAGUUUAAGGAAAAAGGUGACGAUGGGCUGUCUAAGGUGGUGAGGUACGAGAUGGUAGCGAAGCGGAUAUGGUGAAAAGACCGUAAUGAUCCAGCUUCAUCUCUCACAAGGCAUGGCGUUAACGUCUAUAGGACUGGCUAUUGCAUUAUAUUUCGCAUCAUAUGGCGUCUAGCAUAGUUAUUGAGCGUUUAAGAGCAUUUUUAAUAUCAUUAAGCUGCUGGUACUGUUACAGUUACUCCAGCAUUGACUGAGCCCUUAGAAAUAUUGCUACAAUCCAUUAUUCUAAGGUCGCCCACAGCUAAACGUGUUAUAAAUUUACGGGCGCACAUUUUCAUUGAUGCCAACAACAUAAAGAAUUCCCAUAACUUUAGGGCUACAUCUUAG